AUGGCUUCCAACGAGGAAAAAGCGCACCGUCGAGCUCGCAAAAAAUACAGCUGUGAGCCAUGCAGGAGAUCGAAGCUACGUUGCGACCGGCAAGAUCCGUGUUCGUCGUGCAAGAAUCGCGCUUGCGAGGAUGACUGCGCCUACAACAUCGGGAAAACCGCCCAUGUAGUGGCGUCGAGGAGCAGUCCCCGACCUGCAGAAAUCACCCCUCACUCAAGUGACAUGGUUGCAGCAGCUGCCCCCAUAACCACAGCGCCGGCAUGCCAUGACUUUUCCAAUGCACGUUGGGAUGCCGUUUUUGAGCGGCCAAUCCAGAACAUGGACCACGCCCAAUUGGAGCAAACUGACCUUGCUCCCCAAGGCAACAUUCACCUAUUUUUCCCCUUCUAUAUUGGCCCUAGGCUGGCAAGGAAUGACCUCCUAUCUAAACUGCCACCCUGGGAUUGCUGUGAGUACCUAAUAACACAAUAUUUCACCCUCCUAUCUCCUUUAUUCCAUGUCCUGCACGGCCCGACCUUUGAACAUCAGUAUUGCACGUUCAGAAAUAACCCGUCAAAUGUGGACCUCUCUUGGCUCGCUGUCUUUUUCUUCCUUCUGUCCAUGGCAGUGCGAUCUAUCGAAGGCGACGAUGUUCUGCUGGCUAAGCUCUGGCCCGAGCCUCACGCCCAGGACGCUACUGUUCUGUCAUAUCAACUUCGGACUGCAGGCAUGAUUUGCCUUGCCCAAGACAACUUCUUGAACAACCAUAGUAUCAGCACGCUUGAGGCUCUGCUGAUCUUAAUUUUUACCAUCAGUCAUGAUGAAGGAGUGGAUAAAGGCUGGGUAUUACUCGGCAUGGCUUUGAAUAUCGGCAUUGCACUGCAAUGUAACGUGGACUAUAAGCCCCCGGACGUCACCUGUAUUGAAGUCGAACGACGAAGACGGUGCUGGGCCGGUAUUCUGCUUCUGCACACAUACCAAGCUAUCAUGUUCCGGGAUGUCGACAUCGCGUGGCUGACGAAACUUCCCGCCGUGAUGCCAGCGAAUGUCAACGAUAAAGAUGUCCAAGAGCACGUCGUCGGCCGGCCAUCCAGCCAGCCGACCCAGAUGUCAGUGAUGAUCUUCAAGUUGCGCCUGUUCCAGCUAUCCAACCGCAUCUGUUCCCGCAUAUCCAAUCCGACCCAACUAGACGAAACGACCCUAGUACUCCUUGACGCUGAAAUCGCCGCGGAGCAGGAGAAAUGGGAUACAACGUUUUUAUCUCAGGGUCGCCCGAGUCUCCUGGACGCAUCCAGUAAUGCGUAUUGGAGCAUUCUACAGCUUUACGCGCACCACCUCUAUCUCCUGAUCCAUCGGCCGUUCUGCCGAUCGAAUUCGAACAGCAGUCCAUCUAAAUACCGCCCAGAGUCGAAGACCAGAUGCAUCCGUUCAGGUGCGGCGCUCUUGGACUUUCAUCGCCAAUUAUGCGAGGAUCAGCGUCUGCGCCAUUAUCGCUGGCUUGUGUACGGUAUGACAAGCUCAUAUGCACUUCAUGGCGCUGUAGCACUUGCGUCAUGUCUACUUGACCGGACGGGCGAGAACUUCGAUUGCUCACCCUAUCGCGCAGCAUUCGAUGCUGCCAUACUCCGCGUCGAGAAGCUUCAAGAUCGCAGUCCGAUUUGCAAAAAAGCAUAUCCUAUCCUUCGACAUUUCCAAACAAUGCUAUCGCCAGACAUCUUCCUGUGGUCGGACCCAGCGGGUUAUGAGUUUGGAAAUACAAUGGAUGAUUGGAUUGACUCGGUGAAAUGGCUCAAUCCCGGCUCUGAUGUUUGGAACUAUUGGGACGACAUUCUAAACGUAGAUGGAGCAUUGAAUCCGCCAUAG